AUGAAAAAUUCGUCCAACGCAACUAAACAUGGAAUUGACAAUAUCACAAGCACUCUGCUUGAACAUGAAGCCAUCUUGGAGGAGUUUAAGUCUUAUUUUAACACUCUUGGUUACAUCCCCAACAAACGAGUCAUCUUGGCUCUCUACUGUUUAAUAUUCCUAUGUGGAACCCUCCUUAAUGUCCUUCUAUUGCUCACCAUUACGCGUGUUCGGAAUCCUAAGUCGACAUCCAAUCGCCGAAUGCUGAUGAUGCAUGUACUCUGUGACCUUGCUUUGGUCUGGUUCGGCGUCCCCUACACUGCCUACACAGUUGUCUACAAGAACUGGCAGCUCGGAUCUGUUAUGUGUCAGUUGGCUUCCUUCCUCAUCUACUUCAUUGUGGCCCUCACAAACUUUCUACUGGUUUCCAUCUGUCUGAACCGGAGCAUCGCAAUUGCCCGGUCGGGACGGCGAGCAGGUGAAACUGACUACGAUGUAAACUGCCGGGUUUCAGUCCUCUUAUUCCUGGCCGUCACGCUGGCCAUACUGAUUGCUUUGCCCAGCGCUAUUGUCUCCAAAGUGGUACACCUUGUUGUCGAUCCCCGAAUGGCUAUGUUUGCACCCAAAGUUUGCAGUGAGUCCUGGUCAAGCAAAGCUAAAAUGGCCUACGACCUGGUUCUCAUAAUCUCCAUCUAUCUCAUUCCUCUGUUCGUCAUCUGCCUAAGUCAACACAUUGUCACCCAACAACUGAGACGGUCACAUCAACUGCUCAGUCUGAUGGGCCAUACAAUGAGCGCCAAGUGGCGACGACGCAGGCAACGGUUAAUUCGUCUUUGUGUGCUCAUGGCUACACUGUUUGUCCUCUCGUGGUUCCCGAACCAUCUCUGCAAUCUGCUAACCAAAAUUCUUGACGUUCGAGGCAAUAUUGCUGAAGUGCUGCAGGAUUACUCUCUCUGUUUAGCCAUGUCCAACACUGUCAGUGGUCCCCUCUUGCUCAUUUUCAGCUGUUCAGCCUACCUCCGAUUUGUUAAACGCCUUCUGGCUAAGAUGAAGGUAGACACGGCGGCUGAACCCAGUGAGGCCACUGAUGCCAGAUUCUCCUCCAGUUUUGGACCAGUCUCCCCAACUCCCGUCACCUGA